AUGGCGUCUGGAGACGAGAAAAGAAAAAAGGGGAAAAAGAAAGCCGAGAAGACGCGAAAAGUUGAAGAGGACACGACCAAUGACGAGAUCGUCCCGGCCAGAAUGCGGAAGCCCUCUCGCGAAACGGACGGAUCCACAUCCUGCGCCCCGAACUCCUCGGUAGUGGUUAACGAGGAAGAAAAAGGGAAUAAAACCACUAGCUCUGAGGCCCCCUCCGAGGAAAAGAAGAGGAAGAAGGAAGAGAAGCAGCGCAAAAGGGAGAUGCAGCGCCAAACUCGCGUCGAAGCCUCGGAUGAAGACGAGUCAACGGUGGCCUCGGGAAUGGAAAUGGAGAGGUGGAAGAAAGUGAUCUCCAGAACCGCAGCUAAGAAGAACGCGCGGAAAAACAGAGACACCGAUAGCAGUGCCAUGGAGGUCAUCGCGGGAACCUCCAAGAGACGACACUCCACCGAAGCGAGCACCGAGGAAACGGACACCGUGGCGAAGAAAGCUGCGAAGAAGGUCCUCAUAGUGCAGCUGGAUCGAGAGGAGGUGGACCAAAUCACCGCGGUCAAGGAGGAGCCAACGGCCCCACGCGACGAGGGUGAAACAACGGCUGCAGAAUCGAUAUCGCGAUGUUAUAAAUGCCACGCGUAUGGACACAUCGCGAAACACUGUAAAGUUGAGGCCGAAAUUUGUGGCCACUGCGCGAACGCGGGGCAUGCCCAUAAGGACUGCCCGAAUAAAAACAAAAACGCGGCAUGUGUCAACUGCAAAAAGGCGGGGAAACCGUCGGCACAUGCAUCCAACGACAGGAAAUGUCCGGUCUACAUUGCGGCGUUAGAACGUAGGGCAUCGCAAACUAAUUACAAUGGCUAA